CGGCAGUGAAGUAACGCGUGUUCUUGGUUUUGGUCACUUGUGGACUUUAAUACCUGUUUACAGUUGACUUUAAUGAAGGAAUAUUACACUGUUUUAGUUCAUUACUACACAGACAGAUUUCUACGCAGUUUCCUAGGUUCUCAGUCAGUGUCUGACCAAUCACAAAGAUGGUGACAAGUGUAGGUAACAGAAGACGACUGGCCAUGCUGGGGUUUAUUAUUUUAUCAACUCUGAUAACGGUAUCAAACGCUGCAUCAUCAACUGCAGCCACCACUAAUGAAACAGCGUCAACAACUGCAGCCACCACCACUAAUGAAACAGCGUCAACAACUGCAGCCACCACCACUGAUGAAACAGCGUCAACAACUGCAGCCACCACUAAUGAAACAGCGUCAACAACUGCAGCCACCACCACUGAUGAAACAGCGCCAACAACUGCAGCCACCACUAAUGAAACAGUGUCAAUAACUGCAGCCACCACCACUGAUGAAACAGCGCCAACAACUGCAGCCACCACUAAUGAAACAGCGUCAACAACUGCAGCCACCACCACUGAUGAAACAGCGUCAACAACUGCAGCCACCACUAAUGAAACAGCGUCAACAACUGCAGCCGCCACCACUAAUGAAACAGCGUCAACAACUGCAGCCACCACCACUGAUGAAACAGCGUCAACAACUGCAGCCACCACCACUAAUGAAACAGCGUCAACAACUGCAGCCACCACCACUGAUGAAACAGCGUCAACAACUGCAGCCACCACUAAUGAAACAGUGUCAAUAACUGCAGCCACCACCACUAAUGAAACAGCGUCAACAACUGCAGCCACCACUAAUGAAACAGCGUCAACAACUGCAGCCACCACUAAUGAAACAGCGUCAACAACUGCAGCCACCACCACUAAUGAAACAGCGUCAACAACUGCAGCCACCACCACUGAUGAAACAGCGUCAACAACUGCAGCCACCACUAAUGAAACAGCGUCAACAACUGCAGCCACCACCACUGAUGAAACAGCGUCAACCACUGCAGCCACCACCACUGAUGAAACAGCGUCAACAACUGCAGCCACCACUAAUGAAACAGCGUCAACAACUGCAGCCGCCACCACUAAUGAAACAGCGUCAACAACUGCAGCCACCACCACUGAUGAAACAGCGUCAACAACUGCAGCCACCACUAAUGAAACAGCGUCAACAACUGCAGCCACCACCACUAAUGAAACAGCGUCAACAACUGCAGCCACCACCACUGAUGAAACAGCGUCAACAACUGCAGCCACCACUAAUGAAACAGUGUCAAUAACUGCAGCCACCACCACUAAUGAAACAGCGUCAACAACUGCAGCCACCACUAAUGAAACAGCGUCAACAACUGCAGCCACCACUAAUGAAACAGCGUCAACAACUGCAGCCACCACCACUAAUGAAACAGCGUCAACAACUGCAGCCACCACCACUGAUGAAACAGCGUCAACAACUGCAGCCACCACUAAUGAAACAGCGUCAACAACUGCAGCCACCACCACUGAUGAAACAGCGUCAACCACUGCAGCCACCACCACUGAUGAAACAGCGUCAACCACUGCAGCCACCACUAAUGAAACAGUGUCAAUAACUGCAGCCACCACCACUAAUGAAACAGCGUCAACCACUGCAGCCACCACUAAUGAAACAGCGUCAACAACUGCAGCCACCACCACUAAUGAAACAGCGUCAACAACUGCAGGCACCACCACUGAUGAAACAGCGUCAACAACUGCAGCCACCACUAAUGAAACAGCGUCAACAACUGCAGCCACCACUAUCGUAGCGCCAUCAACCACAGCCACUAAUAAUAACACGGCGUCAUCAACUGCAGUCACCUCCAAUGACACUGUGUCAUCAACUGCAACAACCACUGAUGAAACAGCGUCAACAACUGCAGCCACCACUAUCGUGGCGUCAUCAACUGCAGUCUCUAAUAAUGGCACUGAGUCAUCAACCGCAGUCGCCACUAAUGACACCGCCUCAUCAACCAUAGCCACCACUAAUGACACGGCGUCAUCAACAGCAGCCACAACGAAUGUCACGGCAUCAAGUAACGACACAGAAUUAACGACUACUAUCACAGACAACACGACAUCAUCAGGAUCAAGUGAAAUAAUUACAUCAUCAACCGAGGUGAUGACGACAACAUUACCCAAAGCGUCUGACGUUACAACAAGAAGACCAAACACUGGGCAAGCACACUUUAAGUUGUCCUUUUCCAUCAAGUUUGACGUAGAUUUCACAAACGAUCUGUCCAAUCCAGGAUCGCCUCUGUUUUUAAAUUAUUCAAGAACACUGCAACUAGAACUCACAAACGUCUACCAAAGUACACCGGGCUUUAUAUCUCUGUAUGUUACGGGAUUUAGCAUAUUCGCCGAGAAUAAAUCUAUAGAUUUUCGGCCAAUUUCACAUUCCGCCCAUAAAUCGAGUUACCAAGAGAACGAUGAUCGGCGACCUUUUUCCAUGGCAAUGCCGGGAUAUUUUAACAACGACAACUCACCACUGAAAGGUAGCACCACAUUCGGCGGCCCAGUGACAAACCGCGGUGCUUACAGCGAGUGGACUAGUAAAGGCGCAGAUACACCACGUGAUGUUGAACAUAGGACUGGAAAGUCUGAAACGUGUGACAGUCUUCUCCUGGAAAACACAGUAGGUGAUCAAAAAUCUGUGUAUGAAUUGAUCAACACAGAGACCACAUUGUCAUCCACCACGACGACGUUUAGUUGUCAUCUACCACGACGAGUUGAGUUGUCAUCCACCGCGACGACGUUUACGUUGUCAUCCACCGCGAUGACGUUUGUGUUGUCAUCCACUGCGACGACGUUUACGUUGUCAUCCACCACGACGACGUUUAUGUUGUCAUCCACCACGACGACGUUUGUGUUGUCAUCCACUGCGACGACGUUUACGUUGUCAUCCACUGCGACGACGUUUAUGUUGUCAUCCACCGCGAUGACGUUUACGUUGUGUCACCAACCGUCUACCAUCAUAUGGGCCGAUGUCAACCCAUAG